AUGCAGAACUCGAAAGAGUCACCAGUGUUUGAUGCCAAUGCAGCUCAUCCACAACUGCAGUCUCAAACUAUAGCUGCAAUUACAACACCUUUACCUAGUGUAUCUACUAAUAGAACCAAUUCACCUGCUACCCUCACAUCCAAUCCAAAUCAACAACCUUUAUCUGAUCAUAGAGAUGUUCACCAUCUGUACGAACAAGUCAUAACAGAAGUCCAUUCUAACUCUGUCAAUGAUCCUAUUCGACCAAUUUCGCAUGCUCAGGGCGGUCGAGUCGCUCCAGAAUCAAACCCCAGUCACUCACAAGUAACCUCGUCAGGCGAGACUCUUAAAAGUGCUAGUGAAGCUACAAAACUGAAUUCAAUGGUUUUCGUUCAGCUAGAUUCAGCCCACAAUGACAUCAAGUCUGCUGUAUCAAAUGAGCCGGCACUAUCUUAUGUUGGUGGUGAAUCGCGUGUGGGAGUUGACGGAGCUGCUUCAGCAACGAUGGAGGCCGGCCAAAAUGUGUUUUUAGAUGACCAGUAUCCUCCAUCUAUCCACAAGUACAACGAAGACGAGUUUGAAUUCCGAGGAUUCAGUCUUCGUCGUACUCUUUCACGAUUCAGUCGUCAUAGCAAACGGACCUUUAUUUCCAAUAUGUCUGUGAUCAAUCGUCACAACCUACGUCGUUUUGGACGUAGCAAGGUGGCAUUUUUGAUAGCCAACACUAUUUUUGUACUUGCUGGCGUGCUGGCUUUGCUAUAUGGCGUUCUCACUUACACAGGAUCUCCGAUUAUCAUCUCGCUAUGGGGUUCUAGCAUCGUCGUUGCUCUAAUGGUAUCCGGUUCUUUGCAGGUCCUUUUUGGCAUAGUCGGUUAUUUCGGUGCACUUUUACAUCGAAAGACUCUGCUGAUUUUCUUCAUGGUUGCUAUAUGGCCACUUGUGUUUGGCUAUCUAUAUGUCGGUUACUCGACAUACCGUCAACUUAAUGCCACUCAAUGGGAAAAAUCUCUUUCGGACAGCUGGUCCACACUUAAUACCACCCGUGGCUCUAUUCAAGCUCAGUAUAAUUGCUGCGGCUUUUUGAGUAGCUUUGAUCGUCCUUUUGCGGAUUCAAAAUGUCCGACUAUCAUUCAUCAUGCUACAUCAGCAAACAUCCAGACUGCUAGUUCCAUGGUUGAGUUGACUAAACGUCAAGCUCCAGAUCCUAAUGCAGCCCCGCAGCCGCCUGCUCCAGAUCCUAAUGCAGCCCCGCAACCACCUGCUCCAGAUCCUAAUGCAGCCCCGCAACCACCUGCUCCAGAUCCUAAUGCAGCCCCGCAACCGCCUACUCCAGAUCCCAAUGCAGCUCCACCGCCGUCUGCUCCUGAAAACCCCAUCAUUUCACCGAUUGCAUCCCCCAACGCUCAUGGCUCUAGCAACAGUCUUCCAGGCUGUCAUGAUCCCUGGCGUGAAGUUACCAGUUCGUAUCUCCGAACAUCUUACAUUGUUGCCUUUUCCAUUGUUGCAUACCUUUUUUCCAUGUUUGUCAUUUUGAUCUUGGGCACCAAUCACAUUUACAUGGAUUAGUAUUGCUGAC